AGGUUGACAUGGUUAUUAUACCAACAACAACGGGGGAGGUGGGUAUCCUCCCAGGACAUGUAGCCACAAUUGCUGAGCUAAAGCCCGGAGUAAUGUCAGUGCAUGAAGGAAAUGAUGUGAUGAAAUAUUUUGUUAGCAGCGGGUUUGCAUUUGUGCAUUCAAACUCUGUUACAGAUAUAAUGGCUCUCGAGGCAGUUCCCAUUGAAAAAAUUGAUCCAGACAUAGUGGAAAAAGGGCUUGCAGAGUUGACACAGAAGCUUAGCUCUGCAUCUACCGAGUUGCAGAAAGCUGAAGCACAAAUCGGUGUGGAUGUGCUAACUGCUCUUAAUUUUGCCGUUAUGGGUGGCUAGGCUAGUAGGCUGUGUUUGUUUUUAAAAUACGUGUUUUUGUUGAUAAAUAUCAGUAUAUUUUUAUCCAAUUAACAUAUGUGUAUAUUAUUUACACCAACUUUCUGUUUAAAAUUCAAUUAGGAAGACUGUUGAAUAAAUUAUUGAAAAACAAUGCGUCAAAGUAUAUAUAAAAUCGCAUCGUUUUUCCAAAAUUUAUUUAAUUGACUUUCUCAUUCAAUUUUAAAUUGAAAUUUAGUGAAAAUAAUUUACACUUCAUGAAAAAUAUACUUACAAUAUUUUAUUAAAAAAUCUACCAUAAGCAUUUUUUUUUAUCAUCAAAA